CCCGACCUUUGCCCUCUGCUACAUCCUCCUGCAGUCGCUCGGCAAUCAGAUCCCGGUCAAUAUCGGCAGCAUCAAAACCAGUAACGUCCACGCGCUCCUUGAUGUUCUCGAGGUAUCGCUCUGCUAGCCGCCGUCUUCGCUCAGCUGCAGUCUCGCCCUCCUCCUCAUCAGACCCGCUGUCAUCCAUUUCAACGUCACUCGCGACUGAGGCGCUAUCGUGGCUCUCGUCAUCGUCAGAAUCGCUCCCAGAGAUAGACUCGUCGUCUCGCUCGACUCGCUUGUUGGUGGGGCCGGCAUUCUUCGAAUUUAUCUUGCCAGCAGAUUUUGAAGGCGCAACUCUUUUCUUUGGUUGUUCUGAAGUCUCAGUACGCUUUCGCUUCUUCUGUGCACCUGGAACCGUAAAAAAGGACGACAUUGUGGCAACGUCGUCAACUUGGCUGUCUGUUCACGACCUUUGACCCGCCUCGAAGAUAAAUUUCUAGACUCAGAAAAAAAAAAAAGAUGAGCGACAGUGGAUCGCGGAAAAUCUAGCUGACACUCGAGCAUUCAACUGGCCAGCCAUAGCCUAGCAAGUGGGUCUGGUUUUUCCGUUUCAGGCGGUCGAGAGAGGCACAAACGAACCUGGUAUGGGAAGCUUCCCGGGCAAGUGUUGACGCGCAGCGCUACAGCCUAAGGAGAGCUUGCUUGCUUGGUUGCUACUACUGGACGUUGAAGAAGGCUGAACAACUACUUGGACCAACUCCUCCACAACAACAUAUCGGCUUUCCUUCCACUACAUUCAAAUCAUCGUCAACAUGUAGGCCCCCCACAAGCUGCGUCUACUGCUCCAGACUUUCCUGACAUUGAUCAACAGGGAGGUGCUUUUGGGAAUCACUGGAAAGGACUUCACUAUCAUUGCAGCAUCCAAGGCUGCGAUGCGGGGCGCCACUAUCCUCAAGGCAUCCGAUGACAAGACCAGAGCUCUUAACAAGCAUACACUUCUCGCAUUCUCUGGAGAGGCCGGCGACACAGUGCAAUUUGCCGAAUACAUUCAACGAAAUGCCCAGCUCUACUCGAUGCGAAACGAGUCCGAUCUUUCUCCGUCUGGCCUGGCUCACUUCGUUCGUGGAGAGCUAGCCACUAGUCUGCGAUCUCGAAAGCCCUACAAUGUCAACCUCCUCAUGGGUGGUGUUGACCCCAUCACUGGCAAGCCUUCACUCUACUGGCUCGACUAUCUAGCGUCGCUAGCAGAUGUUCCUUAUGCUGCGCAUGGAUACGCACAAUACUACUGCCUGUCUAUCCUCGAUAAGCACCAUCACCCCGAUAUCACACUCCACCAGGGCAUCAAGAUCCUGACAAUGUGCACCGACGAACUGAAGCGCCGAUUACCAAUCGACUUCAAGGGUAUGGUAGUGAAGGCGGUCAAGGCGGAUGGGAUCGUCGACAUAGAGUUUGAUGAUGACAAGGUUGUCAAGUGUGCUUGAGACCAGCGACAGACUGAAGGAAACAUGACUUUGUACUACUAGAUCGGUAUUAGAGGCUAAUACUGGCAUCGUGAAGGUUUCCCAGCUUUCGUCCUGACGAUUUGUUCAGAAGCCGGGUCAGCGUGAAUUGAGGGCCGUUUCGUUACAGCAGAGCUUAGUCUAUCUCAGGCCACCGAUCUCGGCAUGAAUGUUACAUAUCAUCGUGUCUCCAGCAACUCUCUGGUGAGUCAGGCAUCUCUACUCCUAGCAGUACCUACCUCCCAACACUCGAGGAUCAGCCGGAGUGCAAUUAGAUUGCCUUUGAUCUUUCCGCGGCUACAAGUGUCGGUUUUCAUAAUAUCGUGAUUAAUAAUAGGUUGGUG